UUGUCUGCUGUGAGAGGAGAAAUAGAGAAGUUGCACUUUGACACUGUCUUGUGUGACAAGUUAUCACUGCUAGCCAGCCAUUUGGAUUAUAAAGCAUUUACAGACCUUUCUUCUUCAGGUUGUAAUUCAGAACAGUUGAACUGUGGUGAUGGGAAGUGUAAGCAUCAGUAUAAGACCUGUAAAGAUGACGACAGCUGUGGGGUGGACAGUGAUGAAAACAACUGCUCCUACAAAAGUUGCUCCCCUUAUGCAUACAAAUGCCUCAAUGGAAAAUGCUUACUGAAACCACAUCCUGAGUGUGAUGGGAAAAGAGAUUGUGCAGAUGGAUCUGAUGAAAUGAACUGUGCUUGUGGAAGACACCAGCUUAAGAAAAACAGAAUUGUUGGAGGUGAAGAUGCAAGAUCUGGAAAGUGGCCUUGGCAAGCAAGUUUACAGAUGGGAGCACAUGGCCAUAUAUGUGGCGCAUCUGUUAUUUCCAAUAGGUGGCUCAUAUCUGCUGCCCAUUGCUUCUUGGAUUCUGAUUCUGAGAGAUACUCAGUUCCUUCAGGAUGGAGAGCGUACAUGGGCUUACAUACUACUAAUGAAAAGAACAAUCGUAUAGCUGUGAGAUCAAUCAAGAGGAUUGUUGUUCACCCACAGUAUGACCAAUCUAUCUCAGACUAUGACAUUGCCCUGCUGGAAAUGGAGAUGCCUGUAUUCUUCAGUGAGCUGGUACAGCCCAUUUGUUUACCCAGCACCUCUAGAGUAUUUGUUUAUGGAACUGUCUGCUAUGUAACUGGCUGGGGAGCCAUAAAAGAAAAUAGUCGUCUUGCCAAAACACUGCAGGAAGCUCGAGUGAGAAUAAUUAACCAAAGUGUUUGCAACAAGCUGUAUGAUGAUCUUAUCACAUCACGUAUGCUGUGUGCUGGGAAUCUUAAUGGUGGUGUUGAUGCAUGCCAGGGAGAUUCUGGAGGUCCCCUGGCCUGCACAGGAAAAGGAAAUAGGUGGUACCUUGCUGGCAUUGUGAGCUGGGGUGAAGGGUGUGCUCGGCGCAAUCGUCCUGGUGUAUACACUAAGGUGACAGCACUUUAUGACUGGAUUCGUCAGAACACAAACUGA